CUGGUAGCGAAGUACGGGCAAAACCCUAAAAACCAAAACACGAAACUCGCAGGCGACGACGACGACGACGACAUAUUUUGCUCUCUUGAUAUUCUUCGUCCCUUCUUCUACCCAGAAUUGAAUUUCAGAUAUUUAAAAAAGCAGAUAAUGGUUUCGGGUCAGAGGAAUAGCCAUGGGAAGCGGGCUCAUUCUCACUCGGACUAUUCUGAGAAUGGGGGGAAUAAGAGGAGAACUUCUGGUGAUGACAGGGAGCCAUUUGUUAUUAAUUCAGAAGAUACUGUGUUUCGCUACUUGUGCCCUGCUAGAAAGAUAGGGAGCAUUAUAGGAAGAGGAGGGGAUAUUGUUAAGCAAUUAAGGGCAGACACUAAGUCGAAGAUUAGGAUUGGUGAGACUGUUCCUGGAUGUGAGGAACGUGUGGUUACCAUUUACAGCUCUAAUGAGGCGACAAAUGGCCUGGAAGAUGGUGAGACUUUUGUUUCAGCUGCUCAGGAUGCUCUAUUCAAGGUGCAUGACAGAGUUAUUGCUGAAGACUUGCAUGGUGAUGAGGAUUCUGAAGGCCAGCAAGUUACGGCUCGACUUCUUGUACCAUCUGAUCAGAUUGGUUGUGUUAUUGGGAAGGGUGGACAAAUAGUUCAGAACAUACGUGGUGACACUGGUGCUCAGAUUCGCAUUCUUAAAGAUGAGCAUUUGCCCCCAGGUGCCUUGCGCACAGAUGAACUUGUACAGAUAUCUGGGGAAGCUGCAGUUCUCAAAAAGGCUCUGUCUCAAAUUGCAAAUCGCCUUCAUGAAAAUCCAUCACGCACUCAGCACUUGCUUACUUCAGCUAUUUCAAGUGUGUAUCCUUCUGGUGGUGCACUCCUAGGAUCAGCUGCUCGUGGCCCUAUUGUCGGAAUAGCACCUUUGGUUGGUCCUUAUGGAGGGUACAAGAGUGAUACUGGAGAUUGGUCACGCUCCUUGUAUUCAGCUCCAAGGGAUGAGAUGUCAUCAAAAGAAUUUUCUCUCCGUUUGAUCUGCCCAACUGCUAAUAUUGGAGGUGUGAUUGGAAAGGGUGGUGCCAUCAUCAAUCAAAUCAGACAGGAUUCAAAGGCAGUUAUCAAAGUUGAUAGUAACACAACUGAAGGAGAUGACUGUUUAAUAACUAUUUCUGCGAAAGAGUUCUUUGAGGACACUUAUUCUCCCACCAUAGAGGCAGCUGUGCGAUUGCAACCUAGAUGUAGUGAGAAGGUUGAAAGAGAUUCAGGAAUCACAUCAUUCACAACCCGCUUACUUGUGCCAACCUCACGAAUUGGCUGCCUUAUUGGUAAAGGAGGUGCUAUAAUAACUGAGAUCAGGAGGAUCACAAAAGCAAAUAUUCGUAUACUUUCAAAGGAAAACCUGCCAAAAAUUGCAUCUGAAGAUGACGAGAUGGUGCAGAUUGCUGGAGACCUAGAUAUUGCAAAGGAUGCUCUUAUACAAGUAACAUCACGGUUAAGAGCUAAUCUUUUUGAUAGGGAAGGUGCUGUUUCUGCAUUAGUACCAGUUUUGCCUUAUCUUCCUGUUCCAGCAGAGGGAGCAGAUGGUUUAGGUUAUGAAAGUAGAGAUAGCAAGAGGCAUGGACGGGGGCAUUCUUAUUCUGGUAGCUAUGGCUCAAGUGAUCUUCCUGCUAGUGACAACUAUGGAAAUUAUAGUGGACAGAUUGGAGGUAGUGGUGGUGCUUAUGGAGCUUAUGGGAGUUAUUCUUCUGGACGUGGUGGUGCUGGGUUAUCAGGCCAUACACCUUCUUCACGGCGCAAAACCUAUGGUUACUAACAAACAGAUGUUGCAGAGAUUUAUGCUGCCUGAAGCCAGCCUCCUGCCUCCUUUGAUGAAGCCUGCCUAAACUGGAAGACCAGAUGAACCAGGGUUUGACAUACUCAUGGCCCACCCUGAUGCUACUACCUAGAAGCACCACAUAUAAGAGGAGAUCUUGUUAUUCACUUUUGAAACUUGCCAUGUCCAUGUCACCAAAAAUCCAAGCUCUAUAUUAUUGUGCUUCCGAGAACCUAUCUAGCCAGAAUGCCUGUGUUGCUGCUUUUAUUUUUUAAAUACCUUUUGUCUUUUAUUUAUUUUCUAGUUGAUAUUUGUUUAGAAGCCUAGAAACCAUUUUGCUGCUUGCAUCCACUGGCAGUUGUAUCAGAGAUCCUUGGGGUUUAAUUUUCUAACAU